CUACAACUACUCGUCCUUCAUAACCCAGCGCUCCGAUACUCGUCGAAGCGUUAGUACCGGACCACCAUUAAACGACUCAUCUUGCUUCCGGUCUUUGGGCGGUGUUUUGUCGUCAUCAACGGUAGGCAGCUCCAGAUCUGAACAUUCGUCCUGCUUCUCAAUCUUCUCAGUCCUUGUGUUCUUUUCAGCUUCAGAGAGACGAAGCUUCAGUACUGGCAGGCGGUUUGGCUCAGCAAUGUUCUCAAUCUUUUCGGUCAUCAUGUCCUUUUCAGUGCCAGAAGGACGAAGCUUAAGUACUGGCAAGCGGUUUGGUUCUGCAAUGUUCUCAAUCUUUUCAGUCUUCAUGUCUACGUCGACAUCGGUAGGGUGUAGCCUUAUCAGUGAACGGCCCCGUAUUUCUUCAACGACCUCAGUGCUCUCAGGAUCCGACGCUAACCAUGCAAAAAGCGCCUCGUUCUUUUUCUCUUGCUCUCUCAGAGCCGCCUUCCGUAUCGCAAUCUGGUCAUAUUGCUUCUGCAAUGCCAUUGCUUCAUCAAGGUCAUCCGCAUCCAUAUCGACCUCGAGUUUCUCCUUCUUCCAUUUCAUUUCCAUAUCCAGCUGUAAUUCGAUUGCUUCCGCGAGGUCCGAGGUCAUAGACUCGUCUGCCACGGUGGACCAAUCGGACAUAUCGGACCGAUGUCCAUCGACGGUGAGUCCU